AUGACUCUUUUAGCAUACAGUGCUUUUGUCCUUGCUGUCUACAUAUUUACCUUCGUGACUGGUCUUCCCUCCAACCUUCUGGCUCUCUACUCAUUCCUGGCCAAGGCACGCAAGAAACUAGCUCCUAUCGACAUCUUUCUGCUCAACCUGACUAUAUCUGAUAUCAUCCUUCUGCUCGUCCUGCCCAUUAAGAUGUUGGAGGCAUCUUCCAACAUGAGCUGGCCUCUUCCACUUGAACUUUGCCCUCUCACCGGCUUCUGCUAUUUCAGCAGCAUCUACAACAGCACUCAAUUCCUGAUGGCUAUCAGCGUGGAGCGCUACCUGGGUGUUGCUUAUCCAAUCAAGUACAAGAUGAAACGUCGGCCAGCCUACGCUAUAGCUGCCAGCAUCUUCUUUUGGUUGAUGGCUUGUUCCCGGUGCAGCGUUGUGUAUUUUGUCCAAUAUGCAAUACCCAUGAACAAAACAGAGCUUGCCCAAUCUAACAUUUCCAUAUGCUACGAUGAGUUCACUCCUGAACAGCUCCGCAUACUCCUCCCUGUCCGGCUGGAACUCUGUGUGACACUUUUUAUCCUCCCUUUCCUGAUCACCCUCUUCUGCUACAUCUACCUGAUCCAUAUCUUGACUUCCUUACCUAACAUCCACACCAACCGGAAGCAACGGGCUGUGGGCCUGGCUUUGGUAACUUUACUUAACUUUGCCAUCUGCUUUGCUCCGUACAACAUCUCCCAUAUUGUGGGCUUCAUUCAAAACCAGAGUCCUUCUUGGAGAAUCUUUUCUUUGUUGCCAAGCACCCUCAAUGCCUCCUUGGAUCCAAUCAUCUUCUAUUUCUCCUCUUCCACUGUCCGACGGACUUACAUUGAUUGCUUUAAUACCAUUGGCUGCAAGCUUCAGGCCUUCAUGCCUGGUGGUUAUCAGAUUUGUUUGCCCUGCCAUGGGGCUGAAGUAGGGAACAGUGGGGUUGACAGGUCAUCUGUUUCUAACUUGGCAAAGGUAUCAUCUGAAAGGAUUGGAAGGGGUUGAUAUUUCUCUAAAGUCUCUGAACAUAUUUCAAGUUUGGGGAUUAAUGAAGUGGUCCAUGUGGGGAAAUGAAGGCUCUUUUGUGAUUAUGCUUUAGAGGUCUUCAUUGUUUCCACAAGAUUUCAGCCUACAUCCCAUGGAAGAUCUGCAUGGAGUAUUUUCACAGCUGAGAGGACACUCUGUAUGUUUAGCCAUAAGUGCAGUAAAUAAAGCAUUUUGGCUUGGAGCCAAAGAUGUACAGUUCAGACUUUGGAAGUAGCCUCUUUACAUGGUUUAAAGCACUUCCUUUCCCACCAGCCAGAUAAAGAACAGGUGAGAAAUGCCUUCCAUCCUGGGAGAACCAUUUCAACCACCAAUUGUCCCAUUGGUCUCAAGUGGAAUAUUGGCCUGUGUUUUACCAUUGGCAUCUCAACAGCUUGGCUUUCAUUGGUUACAGUGAUCAUGGCAACAUAACUGACAGCUCCCAAGAAGCAUCUAAGAUAUUCUACAGACCAGCUGAUUGACUCAGAAGAUCAGCAGCACACAGAAAAGGGCUCAAGCCAUUUCACUAACAAUGCUGGGCUCUUCGCUUUUAGAGGUAUAGUGGGAAACUCAAAAGACCCAUUUUCUGAGCCAAUGAAGAAUAUGGCAUUUACUAUAAUUGAAUGUUGGCUCAUUAUCUUUCAGAUAUAUUGCACAAACAUACAUUUUCCAAGCAAUUAAUGUGAUAAUAGAUUUUCAUAGCAAAACAAGGCAAUACACAACCCAUUGUCUUUC